GACGGGAAUUCUCCUCAGAGUUGAUGUCGGAGUCCGGGCUGCGAUGAGCGAUCGGUUUGUAAAACCAGGUAAUCAGGAGCACGGGUGGAAUGAUCCUCCGCAGUUUUCAUACGGCCUGCAGAAGGAUUCAGGAGGACCGAAGCGGAAUAUUCUCAAUAAGAGGGUGCAUGCGCCCCAGUUCACAGGUUCUGGAUCAGGUCAAUCCCCAGCAGUGAUGAUGCCGACGCCGCCCCGAGGAACGAAUCCUCCACCCUCUGUGUGUCCCAAAACUCCCUCGGACGGAAAGAUAGAGGCGGCAGAGCUGGAGACGGAGCCGUCCUUUGAGGAUGUGCAGGAAGCGCUUCACGGAGCGCUGGAUGCAUGCAGACGCACCGUGAAGAAACAGAUCUGUGACGAUGUAGAAAGACGUCUGAAGCUUUUUGAGGACAUGUGGAAGAGUGGAAAACUUUCUUCUUUGGUUAAACACAGGAUGCACAGAUUGUCCCAAGACCUAAAAAGAAAGGAGUGGGAUGCAGCCGACGAGAUCCACAGAGCACUGAUGGUGGACCACGUUGCUGAAGUCAGUCAGUGGAUGGUGGGAGUCAAGCGUCUCAUCGCUGAAGCUCGGAGCCUGAACCCAGAACAAAACAACGGCCCUGGUCCGGGCUCGUGAGGACCGCACAGAAACACAUGCUGCAUCCUAGAAGUCGCCAAAGUGAUCCGUGUUAACUUAUGUAAAGUUUUGUAUAAUCCACCUCUGAAAAUGUGCCCAUUCCCAUCUAUAUCAUCUUCUUUUGUUUUUUUUCUUUUUUUUUGGAGAUUGGUGCCGGGGGAAAAAAGUCUUUCUUUACUUUUUCUUCAUCAGAAAUAAUAUAAAUAUUGUAGGUAUGAAGUGUUACCGCUGUAUAUAAAAUUCUGCUUUUAAAAAAAGGUGUGAUUGGGAAUCAUUUCAGCCGGUUGCAUAUAUAUAUAUAUAUAUAUAUAUAUAUAUAUAU